GGAGCGUCAUUUCCGGUGGAAUAUUCCAGCGGGUUUAUCCUUGGUCUUAAAAAGGACGCGCUGAAAGAGCGGCUGUGAAGCUGACAGCUGUUGUGAGCCAGAGACAAUCAUGAUCCUCCUGACUCCUUCCUCCGGUACGUACUCGUUUCUCAAUCUCAUCUCGUAAAUCUGGAUUAAUGCACACCUGCAUGGGCAUGUGGGUGCCAGAGAUUAAAGCCGAAGUUAUCCCGGAUCAAAUUAGGGGAAGGAAAACAGCGGCCAGCGUUCUGGAGGGUUCUCGGCCUGACAGAAUAAUACAAGAUGGAUCGCAUUGUAGGGCAGAUGAUGCAGCAAAAUAAAUUAAUUAUCACAGCACACAUAGUUUAUACAUAUUCACAAACCACACCUAACAGAAGUGGAAAGAAUACAUUUUAAAUGUUCUUAUAAUACAUUUUCACUAUAUCUCCUUGACACAAAACCCAGUCGACACGUUUAAAAGCAAAAUUUGUAUUGUGCAGUCGGCUCACCUCAGAUUAUCCUCAUUAUGAACUGUUUUGCUGCUUUUUUGUUGACUCUUUUUUUAGUCGUUACCAGGUAACAUGGCAGGGUAUUACAUAACAAGGGCCUUCCCAUCAUGCUUUGCACUCAUUAGGCAGCAAUCCAGAAAUAAACACUUGCUUGAAAUUGACAAUGUGUCUGGCUUUGGCCUUUAUCCUCUUUUUUUUUUUUUUUUUUAUUAGUUAGUGUAACACCAAGACAGUGCAUUAAGUGGUUUGAGCACAGGCGCUGCGACCCCACAGACUUGUUUGAUUCACACAGAGCUGCUGUGUGGCUCUCUAAUCGUUUUUACUGCGAAAGACGUGAAUGCACCUGAUUAUUCAUCUAGCAAACUUGGCCAUUUAUGUGAUUUUCUGGAAGAAUCAACUGAUGUGUUUUCUUUUUUAAUCCAUGAAACGUUUUCAGAUAGUGAUUCAAAUACCAGGUUGUAACUUGUGUUUAAAAUUAAGAAACUCAACUGAGAAGUAAAACGCAUGCUGUCAAGUUAAAGUGUGAGUUAUUGUUGGCUUUUUGCUGUGUCUCAUACGCUGUUUUCUUUCAGAUGAAGAGUCUCUUGAACUCGCCUGGCUUUGGAAUCACAGGAAGUUCAGGGUGAAAAACACUUUCAGGGUUGCUACUGCAACGUUAAAAAAAAAGAAUUUAAAAAAUAAAUAUGCAUCCUGUCUUGGACAGUACUAUGACUUGAGAGAAAGUGAUAAGCUCACAAGAGAGGAAGCCGACAGAAAACAAAGAUUUUCUUUGUUUGACUUCAAUUAAAAAAAAAACCAAAACACUUCACAGCUUUGUGGGGGCAGAGGCAGUUUUUGGCUGGAGUGAGGCACUGUCAGCAGUCAUUCCAUCCUGCUUACAAAAAUGUAGCUUUAACUUUGGUUCUUACCGCAAAGUUUGUCUUCAAAGUAAUCAAGUUUUUUUCUAACUGCACUUCAAACAAACAUGGCUCAAUAAAACUAUGGCUAUUGGCCAUAAAACAAAAUGCAGUUUAGCAUUUAAAUAUGAACUGCCUGUCUUAAAAACAAGUCAAUGAGGAGAGGUUGUAGAUUAAUCUUUACGUCACAAUCUCUGCUACAGCCCAGGCUACAGUGGUAUGAGUAGAUUUGCUCUGUAAGUGCUGCUGCCAUGUGCCUGUCUCAGGUCACUAGGCUUGAUCAGCGUUAACAGGCUCAUUGAUCUCACGUCUGGUAUGUGUCAAAGCAGUAGGUCCAACUCACUCUCACUCUGUAGCCAGUGGUGUACAGCUGUGGUCAAAAGUUCACAUACACCUGUAAAGAACACGUUUAUCAUGGCAGCUUUCAGUUCUAAUGAUUUAACACAGCGCUCAUGUUUCUGUGAUGGAACGAGUGGAACACAAACUACUUUUUCAUCUAAAAAUAUUCAUGAAGUUUGGUUUAAUAAUUAAUCCAUCAUAGGUCGUCUGAAAACACGGCCAAAUCUGCUGAUUCAAGAAUAAAGAUACUUGAAUGAUCAAUUUACACCCACUAUACACAGCCACAUGCACCACAGUGUGAAAGAGCCAAGAGCUCAGCAUUGAUUUUACACCUUUCACCCCAAGAACACCACACCUACUGUCCAACAUAUUGGUGGUAGUAGCAUGUUGCUGUUGGGCUUUGGUGCUCUAAAGAAAUGGAAUAAUGAAGAAGGAGGAUUAUCUCCAGAGUCAGAUAUCAGCCAGAAGAUUGUGCCUUGGAUGCAGUUGGGUGAACAACAAUCUGAAACACACAUCAGAAGUGGUAAAUUAAUGGCUAAAUCAGGCCAGAAUUGAGGUUUUGGAAUGGCCUUCCCAAGUCCUGAACCCCUCUAGACUGUCCUGAUGAAACAAGUCCAAGUUAGGUUUAAGAAUUAAACCAUUAACCUCUCAGAAGCUUGUGGGUGGCUAUCAAAAGCCCCUAACUGAGGUAAAAAUGGCCAAAAGACAUUUAACUAAAUAUUAGAAUGAGUGUAUGUAUGUUUUUGAGCCAGCAGAUUUGGUCACAUUUUCAGAAGAACUUUAAAAAUUGGAACUGAAGACUGCCUUGAUAAACACUUUGCUUACAAGUGCAUGUAAACUUUGGGCCACGACUAAAUGUGGUAGUCCCCUGUAUUCAUACUGUUCCCCACACCAGUAUUUGUGCAUAUCUUCCCCCCUGCUAAGAUCACAAUUGCGUGCUAACACUUCAUAUGCAUCGUCUUCAGACAUUGUAUCCUUUUUGAUAUACUCUUCUCUUCCAAGUAUUAUCUAUUGAUUAUUAAAGUUAACUACAUGUCAUUGUGGCCAUUUUAUUAUUUUUUUUUUGUAACAGUUAAAAAUAUGUAUAAUAUGUGUAGUGUAGAGAUAUAACUGAUAAGCUAAUGUUGCAUGCUGCAGGCUGCAAAUGAAUGAAAUGUACAGUAACAAAUGCAUUUUAUUGAUCUGAAAAUGGAUGAAUGUAUCGUAAGGUCUGUCUCCAUCCAAUAAACAUACGUCUUGGUAAGUGAUGCUUCUUUUACAUAAGACGGGGGAAUCAGUUUUAAAGUAAUAUGCUUUUUUUUUUAAAAAGGAAAAAAGAAAACAUAUGCAAACAUAUGCUACAAUAUACUGCAAUAUGAAUUUCCAUUAGAUGGUAUAUAAAGUAGUAUUAAGGUUAUGAUUUUAUUUUUUUUUGUGCACAUUUUUACUCUCAGUCCAACUGAGUUUUAACUGAAGCUUCAGGCAUAUUCCAUCAAAAGCUGGUAUGGUCACCGGAUCACAGUAGGGAUGUAGUUUUUGCUUUUGCUUCUUAAAUCUCAGCAUAGGUUUUAUUGACGUAGCACGGACAACUACUAACUGCUGUUACUUUGUGGUCUCAGGUCUCUUUCAGUGCACCAACAAGCUUUUUCUGAGCGAUCACGCCACGGGACUGCAGAUCAAGGAGUUUGCACGUAAAAAUGCAGCCAAUGCUCUGUCAGUUGCCAACAUGGUCAUGGGCAUGGCCUCCAUUCUCAGCAGUCUGAAUGGGCACCAUCACGCUGCGUGUUGGCUGGUUCUGAUUGGCUACCUGCUGGACUUUGCGGAUGGGGCAGUUGCCAGGCGACUCGAUGCCUGCUCUGCGCUGGGUGCCAAGCUUGAUGACUUUGGUGACUUCACGACCUUCGGGAUUGCCACGUCGUUGCUCUUGAGGACAUCUGACCUGCUGGACAACAUCCUGUGCAUGUGUUACGUCCUAUCUGUGUUCGUCCGCCUCUGUUUCUUCUCGAGUGGGAUUCCAUUUGUGUACCGCGGCCUGCCCUGCAUCUACUCCUCAGCCAUCCUGGCCAGCGCCUCUCUGCUGUCUGGAGGAAACAUGACCAUGCUGCGGGUCCUCGCAAUGGCCAUGAUCCUCUUCAUGAUCAGUCAAAACUUCUACCCUCAUGACAGAGUGCUGGAGUCCCAGGCCUGGAAGAAAGUAGUCUAUGCCGGAGGAGUCGUGAUGGUGUUCUGCUCUUCCUUCCCGCCUGCUUGCUUGUACUACCUGCUGUGGUCUGUCUCCUACAUUUUGUUCCCCACAUCUCUUUGGAGCAGUAAAGUGUAAAAGGGGUUCUGGCCUUUUCCAAAAGUUGCUAAUAGGUUGCGGCCAACCUGGCCCAUCUGAGUGAGCUGAGGCUUCCUGCCAUUGAGGGUCUGAGCUGAACAUGCUCAUGCACUACAGGCCAACACUUGCUCUAUUUCUUUGUAGUGACUUUUUUUUAUUAUAAUUAUUGGUAAAAAAUAAAAUAAAAUACAGGCAGAGAUGUAAUGUAUUUAAAAAAAAUCAACACUGCUCAUCAAAUCAAAAUACAACACAAAAAGACAAGCUAGCGCCCACCACCAACCCCUGUAUUUAGUCUGGUCCUGUGCACUUACUGUUAAACCAUAAAAUACAAUAGAGUCAAUGUAAACGUAUGAUAUGGUAAAAAAAAAAAAUACAAUCAGGUCCAGAUUAAAGUAAUCAGCAACUAAAUAUCAACCCUCAUAUUUGAGUUGAGGUAAGGUCUAUAUGGAGGUUUCCCAGAUCUCUAAACAUUAUACAAUAUGAUGUUAAUUCAUUGAUCUAUUGUCUUUGUGAGCGGAGGUCAGACAUCCAUUUGACUAAAAUGCAUUUUCCCAGCUGGUUAAUUAAUUUGAAUUGUUCUAAGUCUGCUACAUUUUAGGGUCCUGUGAAAUAUUCCUUUUUAUAGAUAAAAUGAGUAAUACAUUUCAUAAUAUCUGCAAUCAUUGGGCAAUGCCAGAUCCUAUGGAAAAUAUAUGCAUUUUUUGAUUUUACAUUUCUGCCACCCAGGUGAAAUUUUGUUAAAUUUAACACAUGUAUUGCAAGAUCUGAAUUUAAUUAGCCUGCCUUUACCGGAGAUUUAAAAAGUUUGUGCCAGUCAGCGUCAUUAUGUGAACAAUACGGAUCAAACUCCCAGUUGAUGUUCUGUGAAAGGACUUUCAUAUUCAUGACAAUUAUUGUUGAGAAUAUUGUCGAAAGCUGAUGUGAAUACUAAAACCAUCGGAGCUGAGGGGAAUACCAUGAGGUGUAUUUGAUUCGACACAGUGAACUAUACAGGUAGCCACUUAAACAGAUUGUACUGAGGUUGUAUUUUCAGGACAGUUACUUGGAAACUAGAGAAUAUACCUUCUGUGUAAAGGUCCCUAACUAUGUAAUGCCUUCAUCCACACAAUGUUUGAGUCUGUCCCUGUUAUGGGAUAUGGGUUGUUUCGAUAGUGAAGCAUUUUAAUGGGUGACCCUUUAGAUUCAAGAAUGAAAUGGAGAUGUUAAGUGCUGUGCAUAGUUGGGUUCUUGGUAAUUGUACUCAGUUUGUAUAUAAUACCCCAAAAAGGGAACGACAUUCAGCAGAGUUUUUUUGCAAUCCUUGUUUUUUUCUGAUCUUCCUUCAUUCUCUUCUGAUUGUGACAAAGUCCAAAUGGUCUGAACUGUGAUGCUGUGAUGUCGGAAAUCCAAUUCUAAUUCUUCCAAUUGAAGUCACAGGUAAGUCUAAUCAUCUUUAAAGGUCAAAUUCGAUAUGAUCCAGCAGUCUGCUGAACCUCUGUGCGUAUUUUAUCAAAUUGUUUCCCGACUCAGAUUCCCAGAUUUCCCAGAUUAAGAAGUAAGAUGUUUAAUUUUAUAGUAUCGUAAUAGUAUCUCACCUUUAGUAAAGUUUACUUCAGAGCCUGGUGAUGCACUGUUUUGUGUUAGCACUUGUAGUAAUGGUGGAAAUUUGGUUAUUGGGUCCUUAAUGAACAAUACGAGGUCAUUGACGUAGAGUGAAACCCAAUGAAACCUGAGGUGAAGCUGGACAUCAUUGCCUACAGACUCUCAAGAGAAAGACAGGAUUGGACAAAACAGAACAGAACUCUAGCUUUUGGAGCCUUGAAAAUUGUUUUGAUAUAUGAAGUGUAGUGUAAGUUUAUGAAUAUAUAAAGUUGUGUAUCAAAGAGAAAAGUGGGUUUGAUUUUGUCACAGCAUGCAUUGAGACAGUUUAGUAUGUGGGUUCUUCUCUUUUCUGAAUUAUGUAUCAAACAGUCGGCAAACAUGAUCGGAGCCUUGUCUGUCUCUGAUAAACCCAAUCGUCAGAAUAAAUGUUAGUCAAGAAUGUGUCUGCAGAACCACAGAUAAGUUCAAACUAGACGUGUCCUUAUGUUGCAUCUUUAUGUUUAGGGAGAAUUUUCUAUUUCUAUGUUUGUCACAACACUGCGCUUAUGUUCUUUUAGGUUAAAGCGCAGAAAUCACUCAGUCCUGGUGAGGAAAUCAUCAUGGCUUGGCAAAUAUAAAAAAUAAAAAUAUCGGAUGGAGAUGCCACUACUUCCCAUGAAAAAUGGGUGGUUUUGGUCCAGUGGUGUGACACGAACUGCAUUCGGCUGUUUGGCAGGCUUGUUGGCUUGUGAUAACACUGGUGGCUAGUAGGCGUACUGCAUAAUGUAAACACGAUAUGCCACAUUUGGCCUAAGUGUCAACCGUGGACGUAUCUGUGGUUUGCAGAAACAUUAACUGCUAAAAUUGAAGUCUGCUUAGGGAGAAGGAAAAAGCCGAUAGCCGAUUGAUCGGCCGAUAUAUGAUUAAAAUGCCAAUGAUUUUUUUGUUGGUGAAAGCUGGACAAGUACAACAAAGUCAUCUAUAUCCAUAUUUUAAAUGUUUUUAUUCCUUUUUAUAAAUGUAACACUGUUGAAAUGCAACAAUCUUUGGCAAUAACUUUAUGAGAAUUGUUUAACUGAACAUUAGGACCCUUACUCUCACCUCCUGACUCUCUCUCGCUGCUACGUUAAACUCUGGCUUUGUAAUGUUAGUAAAAUAAAGUAACUUUAGAGAUGUGCAUGAACAGUCUUUAAUUUGAGUUGAAAAGCUAGCAGUAGCUGUCUGUUUGAUAUUAAACCGCAAUUUAGCAGAUUACAUUAUAUGAAACUAUUCUAUUUCCAAUGGACGAUGCACUGUUCUGUGGCUGAACUGGCCAGGAUUACCUCUGUUGCGUGUCCCGUUAUAUUGCUAAAUACAGAUUUUAAAAACCAUUAAUAUUCUUACAUAUUCCCAGUGUAAGGAGGAUCCUAAUAGCGUGCGAUUUCAUUUCAAUAAUGGCUGGAUAGUUACGCGACGGGGCUAUUUGGAAGAGAGACCACAUUGGUAAGUACAGUGUUGAGUUACGUAACGUUAACAGAACAGUUUCUUCUCCUGGCAGCCUUCAGUGCCCUGUCCCUACAGGAGACAAGGUGACGGUGUCGCAUUAUAUAUGCAAGACUAGAUAACUUGUGGAGAGAAUAAACUGAAAACGGGUCUAUGCAAGACUAGAUAUGACUUGUCAGCCUCCAAUAAAAUCACCAACCUUUAACGUUACCCCAGGAUCUCUAUCGCCAGAGUAAUGCUCCAUGAAGUGGAGAAUUACUUUAUGGAAAAAUACCUCUAAUGUAACGUGUAAAGUCUGGCUGUCGCAUAUUUGUGGCAACUGCUUAACUUAACGUAUGGCAGUUACUUGUUUGGAUAUUUACAAAAGUGGCCCUUAAAUGAUGAUGACUGACUCAGUGUUUCCUUCGUGCAAAACAGCGACAUACUCCCCCGCAUGCUCGGUAGAUGCUGCGGAGCCAAUCUGCAAAUAUUGGAGCCAAAUUCAGCUGAUAACAAUACAUUGGCAAAGGUCCCGCUGAACCAAUCAAUCAGUUGACCUGUAAUUCAGACUAAAUGGUUGUGUUUAUCUUUACUUGGUUUGAGAAGAAGCAGUAUCGUUGCGAUUGCAAGAGUGACUGACAGUUGAUUUAUCAUCAUGUUUGUAAAAGGAAAUACCUAUUUUUUGAUAAUGUAUUGGGAUGCCAUUAGAGCCUUGCAAUUUAUUAUUUUAUAAUGAGUUCAACGCUUGAUAGAGCACUGAUGAAACCGCAUCAGCGUCACACAGUUUUUGGACUUCUAGCUUAAAGUAAAAAUUACACUUGUUUAAUUCAACCUUUGCGUUCAUGCAACUGCUCCAAAAUAGAACCUAGAUUGAAAGUUACAGAAUGAGGGAUGACAGGGAAUAUUAAUGUUACUGGUAAGGAUUAACCUUCUUUACUGCACUGACACUGAAGUCAGGGGUUGGGUGGCUUGUUCUAAAAACUGAAUUUUCAUCAGGGUUUAUCUCCUGCGUAAUCUCCCGUCUUCACGAGUAAUCAAAUCUUCUCUCCAUGUUGUAAACACGUGGCAGCAGGGAAGCAAAAUACACACCAAUGAUUUCAGUGAAACAAUCUCCUGAGUUUUAAUUAUUAAAUUUAAACUAGCCUGUAACUGUUGUAUUCAGACAAGGAACACAACUGUGAACAAUGAUGCCCACAGUAUUGAGCAUAGUUUAAUGAGUAGUGUACACAGGCCUUUAGUCUCUGAAUAUACAACAUGACUUCUCAGCACCAUUUUUUUCGAGAUUCAAAAAAAAUUCCAUGUUGUUUCUGGCUUAUCUGCAACACAAUGACGGGCAUUCAUUAAGCACUAUGACCAGUCUUGUGUUGACUGACUGUUAAUGUGUCCAUCAGGGUUGGGGUCACCUCACUUUCACAACAUUCAGGUCAGGAUUGGGGGUUUUCCUCACUUGUUCCAUUUUGUAGGAGUCUCAAAAGCCAGUCAGUUCAAAGACUUUGAAAUAUGAUUGUGCUGUCAUUCCUGUUGUUUGAUCUGCUGUUUGAAUGUAUGUUAUGAAUAAGCUGAAUUGAAAGUCAAUUGACCCCAGAAUGGCUUCUGAGUUACGGACUUGUUUUUUUUUUUCUUCUUUCUUA